GUCGCGUGUGAUGUGACGUCAUCUAAUACGUAGAAUUUAUGCGCCUCCUGAAAAAUCCACGAGUUCUUUCGGGCUGUUUUAAUCAGCGGUGUGGUGUCUUCGAACUCGGUAUUCUCAUAGAAAAUCAAAAUUAGAGACAUACAGAACUCAUAAAGGAGUGUUCUCAAGAAAGGAGAAUGUCGAAUUUCUCUUCUCUCGGCCUGUCAGAUUGGUUGAUUCAACAAUGUAAACAAAUGGGCAUUACAAAUCCAACUCCAGUCCAGGAGAGCUGUAUGCCAGCAAUUCUAGAAGGUCGUGAUUGCAUGGGUUGCGCCAAGACUGGAAGCGGCAAGACCGCUGCUUUUGUCCUGCCAGUUUUACAGAAACUGUCAGAGGAUCCUUACGGAAUCUUCUGUUUGGUGCUGACACCUACCAGGGAACUGGCUUAUCAGAUCGCGGAGCAGUUCAGGGUUCUGGGAAAACCCCUGGGCUUGCGGGAUUGCAUCGUUGUAGGGGGAAUGGAUAUGGUAACCCAGGCCUUGGAGCUCUCCAAGAAGCCCCACGUUGUAGUUGCAACUCCAGGAAGACUUGCGGAUCACAUUCGCAGUUCCAACACCUUCAGCAUGAAAAAAAUCAAAUUUUUGAUUUUGGAUGAGGCUGAUCGUCUCCUCGAGCAAGGAUGCACAGAUUUUACAAAAGACUUGGAGGUCAUCCUGAGUGCAGUUCCCGCCAAGAGACAAACUCUGCUGUUCAGUGCCACACUCACAGACACCCUCCAGGAGUUGAAAAGUAUCGCUUUGAACAAACCAUUCUUCUGGGAGAGCAAGUCAGAGGUACGCACUGUGGAUGAGUUGGACCAAAGAUAUAUCCUUACCCCUGAAAAAGUGAAGGAUGCAUAUCUGGUUCAUCUGAUUCAGAAGUUUCAAGAUGAGCAUGAGGACUGGUCCAUCAUGAUCUUCACCAACACAUGCAAGAAUUGCCAAAUUCUUACAAUGAUGCUACGUGAAUUCAAUUUCCCUGCCAUCUCCCUUCACUCGAUGAUGAAGCAGAAACAACGUUUUUCCAACCUUGCCAAGUUCAAGUCCAGUGUCUUUAAGAUUUUGAUCGCAACAGAUGUCGCCGCAAGGGGUCUAGACAUCCCAACAGUCCAGGUUGUCAUCAAUCAUAACACACCAGGCUUGCCUAAGAUAUACAUUCACAGGGUUGGGCGAACUGCCAGAGCAGGACGUCAUGGUGUUUCUAUCACUCUGGUGACUCAGUAUGACAUCCACUUGGUCCAUUCCAUUGAGGAGCAGAUCCAAGCAAAACUGAAGGAGUAUCCAGCGGAAGAGAGUGAAGUUCUGAAGAUCCUCACUCAAGUCAACGUGACCAGACGGGAGUGUGAAAUUAAACUGGAAUCAACAGAUUUCGAUGAGAGGAAAGAAAUUAACAAAAGAAAACAGAUGAUUUUGGAAGGGAAAGACCCUGACCUGGAGCAGAAGAGAAAAGCUGAACUGGAGCGGAUCAGAAGUGAGAAGAGGAAGUUUAAGGAGAGGAUUCAGGAGAGCAUCCAGAGGAAGCAGAAUGUGAUGCUCAGAAAGAAACUGCAGAAGAAAAAACAGGGUCAAAAGAAAAAAGCAGCAAUGAAGAACACAACCUGAGGACUAGUCCCGCAGAUUAUUAGCACAACUAAUUUUUUUAGGAGUUGGGUUUUCAAGGACUGUCAGUGGGAAGUCUGUCCUGUAAACUCCAGAACACUUUGAUUCAUACAAGAUAAAUGCUAAACAGUU